AUGCUGAGGAACAUGGAAAAUUUGGAGGAAGGCAUAGCUCCUAAAGAUCUCAACCACAUAGUAAAAGGCAAGAGAACCAAGAGACAAAGGCCACAAUCCCCAAUUCCUUUCACAAUCACUACUCAUUCAUCAACCGGAGACCAAGGCGGCUAUGGAAGCAAUGAAGAAAACAUCAAUAACACCAACAACAACAACACAUACUCCUCUUCGACAUCCUCAGCUGAACGUGCCAAUAGCACCACCGAGGAAGACCAAGACACAGCCAAGUGCCUAAUUCUUCUUGCUCAAGGCCAUUCAAGAGAGUUGCCAAGGAAUCAAAAUUAUGAAGAGUUUGAGUCAUAUAAAUUUACUAGCAAAAGAUAUGUGGAGGCGCCCAUUACAGCAAAUGGCAAGGCGGGGAUCUAUGUAUACGAGUGCAAGACUUGUAACAGGACUUUUCCUUCGUUUCAAGCGCUUGGAGGUCACAGGGCGAGUCACAAAAAGAAUAAGGCCAUGGCCGCGGAAGAAAAGAAGCCAUUGGUGUUCUCUGAUGACGAAGAAGCACCAUUUAAGAGCAACAUAUCUUCUCUUUCUCUUCAAUUGAGCAAUAGAGGAAUAUAUAGCAAUAACAAUUCUUCUAAGGUUCAUGAUUGCUCGAUUUGUGGGGCUGAAUUCACGUCCGGACAGGCCUUGGGUGGUCACAUGAGGCGCCAUCGGGGAUCUGCGGUUACCAACACAACCCUAUCUUUGAGUCCAAUUUCCUUGGAUCGGUCUGAGGAAGGCAGGAAGUCAAGAAAUUCAUUAUCUUUGGAUCUCAAUCUUCCAGCCCCGGAAGAUGAUCACCUUCGAGACAAGCUUGCCUUCACCUCAAAGCAACAAUACGAAGAGCACCAGCAACAGCAACAGCAGCAACAACAACAACAACAACAAAAGCAAAAACAACCUGUUCUCGGGUUGUCCACCACCCCAACUCUGGUGGAUUGUCACUACUAG